AUGGACCGAUCCAACUCAUCAGUACACAGCCCUGAAAAGACCAAGCAGAAAUUGACUGAGGAAGAGCUGGUGGUCUUACAAUCUCACCUAGAAGAAUGGAAGGAAGCCACCGGUAAGGAUAGAAAAACGAUUCUGAGGGUGGUCAUAAAAGAGGCCAAGAUGCAAGCCCCUAAGAUGGAUGCCAGGCUUUUGAAGACAAGGAAAUCUAUGUACUGGGACUGGUUAUAUAACCGGAGAGCUGAAAAGACUCUCAAAAAACAAAGCAAGUUCAGUAAGAAAUGGACUGCCCGGUUGGUGAUAGAACACCAGUACAAGAAGGAGAUCCUUGAAAAGACUGGAGCAAGGCCAGGAGGGAAGGAAAUGAUUAAAUACUACCAGGGUGCGGUCAAUGCAAUUAUGGGCGGUUUAUCUGAAGAGCAGCUAGAGGAAUCAAAUAAGACUGCGAUAGAAUGGUCUAGCAGGGCUCCUCCUACAGAUGUCCAGGCUGAGUUUGCUCAGAAGAAAGCUCCUGGUAUGAUGAAGGAUCUUGCGACUCAGUUAUGGAGGCAGGCUGGUAUGAGGAUAUUCAUAUUGUCGGCAUGGAAAACCGAGGAAGGUGAAGUGAGGAUCAAUGGAAUUGACUUCAAUGACAAGUUAGAGGGCAGUAGUUUCACAGAUACAAAGGACUGGAAGCCCAUGUUACCGGAGUGGAAUGCCUAUGUUGGAGAAGAGUUCGUUGACCGGAAUGAUGAUGAGGAUGGCAAUGAGGACAGGGAGGAAAAGGAGAACAGAAACCAAAGGAGAAAGAAGGAGGAAUUCACUUUGGAGGUGGAUACCUAUGGGCUGCUGGUCAUACUGGAUAUGAAGUCACUUAACCUGGAGGACAAAAAGUCUCUGAUCCGGACAUUCCUCACAAAACACUAG